ACUGCCUCUGGUCGGUUUGACAAUUUCAAAAGGCGCAUUUCCACUGAGGCAACAUUUAGGCAACAUGUAGCAUGCGACAAUGACGCAUGCUACACUCAGUCUUUCAAUUGGAACAACAUGUUGACCACUGUUUUCCAGACGCAUGCGUCAGCUUUCUACAAGAUUCAGCGUGUCGAACGAUGUCGGCUUUUAUCCCAUAGCCAUCGGUUCGGUGCUACAUGUAGUUUGCGACAUGGAGUGGACUAUAGAGAAAACAACUUUGUUUAUUGAAGAUUAUCACAAUUCUCCAGAAUUAUGGAAUAAUAAAAUUGCUGCUUAUAAAGACAACAGACUUAAAAAUGAUAAGUUAAAACAAAUAGCGACGAAAUACGAAUGUACCGUGAUUGAAGUGAAAAAUAAAAUCAAAAAUCUACGUUCCGCGUUCCAUCGUGAAAGAAAAAAGCUACAGUCAAAGAAAAGUGGCUCAUCUCCUCUCACGAAAGGCAAAUGGUUUGCGUUUGAGCUUUUGAGUUUUUUACUAGACGUCGAUAAACAUAGACGAACAACAUCAACGGCCAGCGACAACGGAGAGGAAUCUGCGGUGAGUUUUUUUUGCACUAAAAUAUAGGGUCGCACCAGCA